GCUCCCAGUUGCCCCGCACCAACAUGGCCGCCGCCUCCCCGUGAGCGCCGUAGCCGCGAGCCGGCCGUUGCUGGGCAUGCUCCCUGAGUGCCCCGCACCAGCAUGGCGGUCGUCUUCACCGGGGUGACUUUAAUUCUCGGUUUUCGGUUAUAGCCGGCCGGUGCUCCGUUCUCUUCAGAAAGCUCUGAGCGCCUGGUGGAGCCGGGGAAAGGAAGGGAGUGCAGGCGUGAAAGGGAAGAGGGGACUGCAGGUAUCCGGGCCGGCUCCUGGCGGGAGGAAGAUGGCUGAGGGCGAGCGGCAACCGCCGCCAGAUUCUUCGGAGGAUACCCCUCCAGCCACUCAGAACUUCGUCAUUCCAAAAAAGGAGAUCCACACGGUUCCAGACAUGGGCAAAUGGAAGCGUUCUCAGGCGUACGCUGACUACAUCGGGUUCAUCCUGACCCUCAACGAAGGUGUGAAGGGGAAGAAGCUGACCUUCGAGUACAAAGUCUCUGAGGCCAUUGAGAAGCUGGUCGCCCUUCUCAACACGCUGGACAGGUGGAUCGAUGAGACCCCUCCGGUGGACCAGCCCUCUCGAUUUGGGAACAAGGCCUACAGGACCUGGUAUGCCAAACUCGACGAGGAAGCAGAAAACUUGGUGGCCACGGUGGUCCCCACCCAUCUGGCAGCUGCCGUGCCCGAGGUGGCCGUUUACCUAAAGGAGUCCGUGGGGAACUCCACGCGCAUCGACUAUGGCACAGGACAUGAAGCAGCCUUUGCUGCUUUCCUCUGCUGCCUCUGCAAGAUUGGGGUGCUCCGGGUAGACGACCAAAUAGCUAUUGUCUUCAAGGUGUUCAAUCGGUACCUCGAGGUUAUGCGGAAACUCCAGAAAACGUACAGGAUGGAGCCAGCCGGCAGCCAGGGAGUGUGGGGCCUGGACGACUUUCAGUUCCUGCCUUUCAUCUGGGGCAGCUCACAGUUGAUAGACCACCCGUAUUUGGAGCCCAGGCACUUCGUGGACGAGAAGGCCGUGAACGAGAACCACAAGGACUACAUGUUCCUGGAGUGUAUCCUGUUUAUUACUGAGAUGAAGACCGGCCCCUUUGCAGAGCACUCCAACCAGCUGUGGAACAUCAGUGCCGUCCCCUCCUGGUCCAAAGUGAACCAGGGUCUGAUCCGCAUGUAUAAGGCUGAGUGCCUGGAGAAGUUCCCUGUGAUCCAGCACUUCAAGUUCGGGAGCCUGCUGCCCAUCCAUCCGGUCACCUCGUGCUAGGGGCUGAGCAGCCGGGGCCACCCAGGCCGCAGUUCCUGUGCCUGCCCUCCCCCGCCCCCUCCCUCUGUUCUUUCUGUUUGCUGAGAGGCUGCCUACUGGGGUGGGUGGUGAGUGUGGGGUUGACGGAGGCUCAGGGCAUGAGGCCGAAGGACCCAAAGUGAAGGGAGAAGUGGGCCCUGUCUCCCUGUGGUGGGGAGGGUGUGCUCGGGCCCUGGUCCCGUGCUCGGCCUUCCUCUCCUCCUUCCUCUUCUGUCCAGUCCCGUCUGAGACCUGGGCUCUUCUGCACCGCUGGAAAGGGGAGGAGUUUGCGGUUUCCACUGCUUUCCUUUCCCAAGGCCUGUGGCCUUUCUAGGGGUUGGAGCGCUUGCUCCCUGUGGGGUGGGUCGGUUUCUGAAGCCAUGUUUGGGUGGGUGCCUGGGGGUUCUGAAGGCUGCAGGCGGAGGCAGGCGGCCAGCCUGGGGUGGGGUCGGGGGGCCGAGAAGCAUCGGCUGUGCUGGCCGGUGACCCUCCCAGCUCCUCUUCACGGCUGCCCCCUGGGCCUGCGGGCACCUGUGUCUAGUGCCUCCUCACUCUGGCUUCUCUGUUCUUUGGCCUUGGCUUUGCUGGGUUUCCUGGCCGGAGCCGGUCCUGUCCCCCUCUGCAAGGGUAGCCCCUGGGCGCUCGGGAGGGCCCUGGCAGGGCUUGCCCACUGGCUGAGUGGGUGAGGCCUGCCUUUCCAAAGUUUCUCAGGCUGGGAGGGGGUGGCUGAGACGCAGGGAGGGGCUCGGGGCCCGCUCUGGUUGUGGGGAGCCUGGAUUCUUCUCACAUCUUCCGUUCUGCUCCUAACUCCCUGCCGCUUGCUUCUCCAGGGCCCUUUGGCCCUGUUUGCCUGCCCUUCGGGGCGAUGGGCCAGGGGCCACCGGAGCACUCAGCAGCGCCCCCUCCUUGUCCUCCCCUCUCCCCGAACUUACCCACUGGUUCUUCGGGUGAGGCAGCGAUGGCCCCCCCCCCCCCCCCCCAAGCCCAGGCUUUGGCUGUGAGGAUGGGCAGGGCCUGGCCAGGUGAGGGGAUGCUGACAUGACAGGUCCUGAGUUUUCUUCUAGGGCUGCUCCUGGGCCAGGCUCUUACAGGCUGUCCCCGGCCAAAGUCCAGGCCUGCCCUUCUCCAGACCCCUGGCCUUUAUCUGGGUCCACAUCCCCUGUGGGAAGGGGGAGCUCCCAAGAAGCACAAUUCAGGGACUUGACCCUCACACCUGGGCCGAUGGCCUGGGCAGAGGCCAGGACGGGAACCACGAGAGUCACAGAAAUAGUUUUCCUAGGAGAGGUCCAGUGCUGGCCUCCCUCCCAGGGUCCAGAUCACCGCCUUCCUGGCUCCUCUUGCCCUGCCCCCUCGGCCUCCCCUGGCCCCGUGCGCCUUCAUUGCUGUUCGGAUUAAAGCCUCUGUUUUGCACCUGU